AUGCCCAGCUCCAGGGACCCUCAACUCUUCCGCGACCCGUGGGCAAAGCGUGACGCCUGGCGCAAGCACCCCGUUUUCGCCCGUCGCGCCAUGUUCUUCCGUGCAUUGCCAGGCUUUGGUACCGCUGUGGUCGCCUUCACUGCGUAUGUCAUCGCGGACAACAUGAUGUCUGGCAGCUCCCAUUGA